UCCUUCCUUCCUGGUUACAGACAGGUCCGGCGCAUGCGCUCCGAGAUUUAGUUGGGGGGGGGCUCUCGAAAAGAACCACCUUCUCGGCGCGCGCGCAGUGACGCCACGGGUGGGGGAGGCUGGUGCCGCUCCCUCGCAGGCGGCGCCAUUUUGUGUUCCUAGCUGUGGCAGUCGCCCGAAUCGUGCUAGUUGGGCAGCGGAGGAAGGACCCUUCGGGAUGGCGGAGAUUCUGUCAGGCGCAGGCGAUUCCAGUUCUGUCACGGCAGGGCUCAGCUCCGCCUCCUCAGAGACCGGGACCCGGCGGCUAAGCGACCUGCGGGUGAUUGACCUCAGGGCCGAGCUGAAGAAGCGAAACCUGGAUAGCGGCGGCAACAAGAGCGUCCUGAUGGACCGGCUCAAGAAGGCAAUUGAAGAUGAAGGGGGCAAUCCUGAUGAAAUUGAAAUUACAUCCGAAGGAAGUAAGAAAACAACUCCAAAGAGAUCCAGCAACAAAGCAGGACGAAAAGCAGAAGAAGAGGGUGCUGAAGAUAAUGGACUGGAGGAAAACUCUGGAGAUGAACAGGAAGAUGUUGAAACAAGUUUGGAUAAUUUUCGAGAUAUUGACAUGAUGGAUAUCAGUGUCUUAGAUGAAGCCGAAAUAGAUAAUGGGAGUGCUGUAGAUUGCGGAGAGGACUACAGUGCUGAUAAUAUUCUUGACUCCCUAUCUGAUAGUAAAGAAAAUGCUGAUGCAGAAAUGAAGGAAUUUCCAGAUCAGCUUACAGAACAUGCUAUGGCUGACAAGGAGAGUGUAAACAAUUUAGAUACUUCAUCAUCUGACUUCACUGUGGUGCAGGAAAUUGAAGAUCCAUCCUUGGAGCCAGAAAAUGAGAAAAUACUCGACAUUUUGGGGGAAACUUGUAAGUCUGACCCACUAAAAGAAGAAGGUUCCGACCUGGAGCAGCCAUUUUCACAGGAUGCAAGUAGCGUGGGGCCAAACAAAAAGCUUGCAGAGGAAGAGGACAAUUUUGACACUGCUCAUCCAGAGGAGGAUGCAUUAGAUGUGGACAGCGAGUCAACACAAGCUAUUGCCAAGAAGGCAGAAAAGCACUUAGACAUAGUGAAAAGGGAGAAAAGCGAGCAGAAAGUAGACGAAGAGAAAAUGGACUCUGACACUGUAGUGGUAGAGAAUCUAAAUGAUCAGAGUAGCAAAGCAUCAGAAAAUGCGGAAGCUUCUAGCGAGGAAGCCCAGGAAACACCAGAGAAAGCCUCAAGCCCCGAAACCAAAGAUAGCAAAGAAGACAUUAAGAAAAGUGAAGAUGAAGCUUAUAAUGAAGACUCAUCUGCUACUAAAGAGUCCUCUACCAAUGAGGGCGGUGAUCAGAAAAUGAGCUCUGUGGAAGAGGAUUCAGAUACCAAAAGAGUGUCCAAAGAUGAAAAAGGUCAUACCACUAGCAGUUGUGGUAGAAACUUUUGGGUUAGUGGACUUUCUUCUACUACCAGAGCUAUAGAUUUGAAGAAUCUUUUCAGCAAAUAUGGAAAGGUUGUUGGUGCCAAGGUAGUCACUAAUGCUCGAAGUCCUGGGGCUCGAUGUUAUGGUUUUGUCACAAUGUCCACAUCUGAGGAAGCAACCAAAUGUAUUAACCAUCUUCACAAGACAGAACUUCAUGGGAAAAUGAUCUCAGUAGAAAAAACAAAAAAUGAGCCUGCUGGGAAAAAAACUUCAGAUAAAAGAGAAAGUGAUGGAAAGAGAGAGAAAUCAACUAACAGUGACAGAUCUACCAACAUAAAAAGAGAUGAUAAAACAGACAAAAAAGAUGACACUAGAAAAGAAGAUGGAAGCGAUGAGAAGGAUAAAGAUGAACAGAAACCUGGAUCUGAUCGAGCUAGAGCUACUAAGUCAGGAAGUCGAGGUACAGAGAGGACUGUAGUAAUGGACAAAUCCAAAGGAGAGCCUGUUAUCAGUGUAAAAACAAGUGGAGGAAAAGAGGGAAUUUCAAAGAGCCAAGAUCGCAAAUCUGCCAGUAGAGAAAAACGGUCUGUUGUGUCAUUUGAUAAGUCUAGAGACCAGCGAAAGAUAAGAGAUUCAGAGUCUCGAAGAGCAUGUGAGUGGAGUGAGAGAGAGGAACGAAUUCAAGCCUUACAGGAGCGAGAAGAAAGGGAACGCCUGGAAAUAGCUCGUGAGAGACUUGCUGUUCAAAGACAGCGUCUAGAAAGAGAACGAAUGGAAAGAGAGCGACUGGAGAGGGAGAGAAUGCAUAUAGAGUAUGAGAGACGCAGAGAACAAGAGCGAAUUCAUAGGGAGAGGGAAGAACUUCGCCGACAACAAGCACUUCGUUAUGAACAAGGAAGACGACCUGCGAUCAGACGCCCUUAUGAUGUGGAUGGCAGACGGGAUGAUUCCUAUUGGCCAGAAGGAAAGAGGGCAGCACUAGAUGACAGAUACCAUUCUGAAUUUAGCCGCCAAGAUCGUUUCCAUGAUUUUGACCAUAGAGAUCGUGGCCGGUACCAGGAUCAUUCAGUAGACAGGAGAGAAAGUUCAAGGUCAAUGAUGGGAGACAGAGAUGGACAGCACUAUGCAGAACGCCGUGGAGGACCAGAUCGCCGUGGGAGAGAAUCUCGAGAUGAGUGGAGCAGUUAUGCGUCUGAGAAGAGAAUGAGCAAAGGAAGAGGACUGCCUCCUCCACCUAGGGGACGAGACUGGGGAGAUCAUAGUCGAAGGCUAGAUGACCAUCAAGAUCGUUCAUGGCAAGGAAAUGUAGAUGGAGGAAUGAUGGGUCGAGAUCAUGAGAGAUGGCAAGGUGGUGAGAGAAGUAUGUCUGGUCACUCUGGACCAGGCCAUGUGAUGAAUCGAGGAGGGAUGUCGGGGCGUGGCAGCUUUGCAGGUGGAAAUUCCCGGGGCCAUGUGAUGCAGGGUGGUGGAAUGCAAGGUGGAGAAUUUGGAGAACAGGACAGAGGGAACAGACCUAAUGACACCCGCUUUACUCGCCGCUACUGAAUAUUUUAAAACCUAUGUUAAUGUCAUAUAGCAACAGUGAUGCAUUCUGUUUGCCAGGGCUACCUUGAACUGUGUAAUAUUUUUUUUAUCUGCUCCCAUGUUGUAGCUCGAUACAAUGUGAAUUUUAUUUGUUUUGAGGUUUUUUCUUUUGUAAUAAACGUGUUCCUGUUCACACACCA